AUGAUAGAGUGCACGAGUAACAAAGAAAAUGCUAAUAAACCACAACACGUUCGUUUGAGGUCUGUGCGGUUAAAACACAACCAGGAGAAAAGAAAUGCAGCUUUGGGAGUCAACUGUCAUGGAGACGGUGAUGAACAACCACCAGUUCUACUACCACCUCCUGGACCCAAACUGCCUGAACCUCUAUUUCGUGCAGUUGAAUAUAACGUCCCAGCCGUUCGUCAGCGCCCUGCUGCAUACUACAAAUACUGUGAAAAAACCGAUGAAGAGUUGGAUGAAGAAACAGAGUACGACAUGGACCAGGAGGACUACGCUUGGCUCGAUUUGGUCAAUGACAAACGGCGAAGUGAGGGCAUCAGUCAGGUGUCCUACAAUGUCUUUGAGUUCUUAAUUGACCGCUUCGAGAAGGAGUCGUAUUUGUGUUUGGACCAAGACAGUGAAAUCCUUAUUCCUUUAGACGCGAGCUCAGUGUGUUGUAUUUGCAUGCUGGGAGAGGUGCAUGAUGUCAGUACCCUUCUGUGUUGUGCUAUGUGUAGCAUCGCUGUGCAUAAUGAUUGCUACGGCGUUCGAUACGUUCCAGAAGGCCAAUGGUUGUGCCGCCACUGCGUCGAGUCCCCGAACCAGCCAGCAGACUGUGUCUUAUGUCCCAACACAGGUGGGGCAGUGACAAAGACGGACAAAGUCAGUUGGGGGCAUUUGGUUUGUGUGCUGUGGAUUCCUGAAGUGGAGUUUUCCAAUAUGCCUUCCGAUAACAAACCUAUAGACAUGCAGUACGACCAAUGUCACUCUAAUGGAAAUCUGAAAAAGAAGAGUAAAAACAUGGAUUUUGAAAUGGAUAGUGAAGUUGAAACUCCUGCCAGACAUGUGCCUUUAUUUCCCACUCACAGGUUACAAACUAUACUCAACCUGGUGUCUGUUCAGAAGAAGAGGGCCUUUGUUGAGCUCGCCUUGAAUUACUGGACACUGAAGAGAGAGUCCAGGAACAACCUCCCCCUCAUCCAACGAUUCCAGACAAGCCUGCAGUCCAAGAAGAAUGCUCAUCCGAAAUGUGACAAUGAUGAGAGCAGAACUCUUAAAGACCAACUAAAGAAGUGGCAUCGUCUCAGGCAUGACCUGGAGAGAGCGCGGCUCUUACUGGAACUCAUCCGAAAGAGGGAGAAGAUCAAGAGAGAAGAGAUUAAGAUUCAGGAAAGCCUUUUGGAGAUGCAGUUGACUCCUUUCAGUAUUUUCCUCAGAGGGGUUUUGAACCAGCUGCAAACUAAAGACCAAGCAAGAAUCUUUGCCCAACCUGUUGAUGUCAUAGAGGUGCCGGAUUACCUUGACCACAUUAAACACCCCAUGGACUUCUCCACUAUCCGGCAGCACAUUGACGCCCAAAUCUACAGAGAUUUUAGUCAGUUUGAAGAUGACUUUAACCUGAUUAUUGACAACUGCCUCAAGUACAACCCGAAGGACACUUACUUUCACCGUGCUGGUGUCCGGCUGAGGGAUCAGGGGGGAGUCUUGCUGAGAAAAGCCCGGCGGGACCUGGAGACGAUCGGUUUGGAUCCUGAAAGUGGCCUGCAUUUGAAUGAAGCUCCAGAAGUAAAAACAGCCCCUAGAUUCUCCUGGGAAGAUGUCGACAGUGUACUUGCCCCAGCGAGCCGAGCUCAUCUCCCUCUGGAAAAGCAGCUGCAUCAGUUACUGGAGAAGUUUGAUCUGACCGUUGCCAUGAAGUCAAGUCCUUCUCGCAGCAAACGACUCAAGCUCCUCAAAAAGACCAUCAACGACGUGAGGAAUGAGAUGAGUCUGAAGACAGUCCAGCUUUGUAAUCGCCACAGCUCUGCUAACACAUCGUCCUCAGGCUCCUCGGAAAAGCCUUCAGAAGAACCUUUAAAACUGAACGGGAAUUACACAGAUGAAGAAGUAGAUAAAUCUCUUCCUCCAAAACUAGAGCUUUCCAAUUCCAUACCUCCCCUCAUCCAUUCAGAAGCGCACCAAGAGCCUCCAACUCUCAAACCCAUUCACUUAGAACAAGAUUGUGACAAAAGACGAAGCCAGCAAUCGAUAUUUGAUGGAGGACUCCCAAACUUGCUUUCUGCCCCUUGCCUAAAUGAGCACUCUCUUGAGGCGUCACUAUUUCACAGACACGCCUGUCUUUUGGAAACAUCUGCAGUUGGAGAGCCCAUGUACGCUGUCAGCCGUCGCACUGCGGUUUUGUUUCAAAAAUCAAAGGUCACUAGUCCUCAGAAACUCCUUACAAGUGAAGAGGUCAUGUCUGAUGGAAGCAAUGGCAUCGAGAGAGAAGAGGGGUCAGACGAAGACUCGGGCUCCACGUCCAUAAUGUCGGUGGUUAUUCCGAGGCUGGAAAACCUCCUUCACAGAAAGAGGAAGCACAGUGGAAAUGGCUUUGGAGAGGAGGAAGAAGGGGAGGAAGAGGAUUCUCCUGUCAAAAGACUUAAUAAAGGAUUGUCAAGUGGCUUCCUGGAGACGAACCAUCAGCAGCAGCGUGUAGAUCCCAGCAGAACCAGUCGCCCUGUGGAGCCUCGCCGCCGCUGUGCCUCAGAGUCAUCCAUCUCCUCCUGCAGCAGUUUACCAGGAAGCACAAGCACGGUUCUCAGACUUCCAAAAUGUGGAAAGGGAAAACCCGCCUUGGUCCGGAGACACACUGUGGAUGACAAGAGUGAAUUAAUUGCCUGCAUAGAAACUGGGAACUUUGCAAAAGCUGCACGUUUAGCUGCAGAGGUUGGCAACAGCAAUAUUUGGAUGCCUGCUAGCGCUGCAACAGUUGCACUGGAACCCCUAAAGCUAGUUUGGGCCAAAUGUAGUGGAUACCCCUCCUACCCUGCCCUGAUCAUCGACCCCCACAUGCCUCGCUGCCAGCUCAACAGGGCGUCCGUCCCACAACCUCCCACUGAUGUGCUGCGGAUCGGGGAGCAGAUGCAGUACAAGGCCGUAGAGAAACUCUACCUCGUGCUCUUUUUUGACAACAAGCGCAGCUGGCAAUGGCUUCCCAGAUCCAAGAUGGUCCCCCUGGGGAUAGACAAGACCAUAGACAAGAUCAAAAUGAUGGAAGGUCGCACGUCGAGCAUUCGUAAAGCUGUCCAGAUCGCCUUCAGCCGUGCCAUGAAUCACCUGAGCAUUGUACAGGACGAGCCAGUCAGCGACCUCAGUGACUUGGACUGA